AAUGUCUCGUGUAGAAAAGUCUUUCUUCUUCCUUUGAUCAGUUUUAUAAAAAGGGUGCAAUCAAAAAUCCCUUCUAAUUUUAAUUUUGUAGGCUGAUAAAAGAAAAAAAGCCUUCUAAUUUCAGAAAAAAUGACCGGCUUUCCUGAAGUAAUGAAUCCCAGAAAAAGGCUGAGACUCACCAUCUUCAUCAUCUCACUCCUCCAUGUCAUCCUGCCGGCAACCGCUGCCACUGCCUACAAUGCCACUGAAAUCAUACUACUCGACUGUGGUGCGCCGGUCAACACUACAACUUUGGAUGGCCGGAGCUGGGAAGCCGAUACUCGCUCUAAAUAUUCCUCCUUCAAUCAACAAAGCUCAUCGUUUCCUUCUAAUGCCUCCCGCCAAGACACUUCUGUUUCCCAAGUUCCCUACCUCUCUGCACUCAUCAUUCAAUCUAAUUUCACCUACAGCUUUCCGGUCUCCCCUGGCCCAAAGUUCCUUCGUCUCUACUUCUACCCAGAACAAUACUCUCAUCUGGAUAUGACCGCUUCCUUCUUCUCUGUCACUGCCAACAGCUACACCCUCUUGAAAAAUUUCAGUGCGCAUCUGACAGCUUCCGCCAUGUAUCGUCGACCUGUAUCCCACUUGAUCAAAGAAUUUAUUGUUACAGUGAGGGAUAGCGAGAGGCUUAAUAUAACUUUCAGCCCAUCUCCCAACUCUUAUGCUUUCAUUAACGCCAUCGAAGUUGUUUCCAUGCCAAGCCUCCUCUACACACGCGGUGAUGAUAUUAAUAUCCCACUCGUGACUGCAGUCGGUGCUCUAAUCCAGACUUUGGAUGAUACCACCUCUCUUGAGACUGUUUAUCGGCUGAAUGUGGGUGGAAAUCAAAUUGAGAACACGAAAGAUACCGGAAUGUACCGAACAUGGCAACGAGAUGAAGACUACGUCGCUGGUGGAUUAGGGUGGACUGUGCCACUUUUGACUAAAUCCCAGCUUCAAUUUACAGGAACCACACAACCGUACACUGCACCUGAUGAAGUUUACACUACUUCGCGUCAGAUGACCAACGAUUCUUCAUUUAAUAUGAAAACCAACCUGACCUGGAUCUUCCCCGUUGAUGCAGGGUUCAGCUACCUCGUCAGGCUUCAUUUUUGUGAGCUUUGGAAAGAGGUCACAGGCAGUGGUCAACAUGUUUUCGACAUAUUCAUUAACCAACAAAAGGCGGCGAGGCAUGUAGACGUGUUUGAGGAGAGUGGCGGCCACGGGUUUCCGAUCUACAAAGACUAUAUUGUUAUGGGUGACAGCGGGAUCAAAGGAAAGGAUCUCACGUUAGAGCUGCACCCUCAAAACGUAAGAUUUGUAGAUGCAUUUUUAAAUGGUUUAGAGAUUUUCAAAUUGAAUCAAACUAAUGGUAACCUAGCUGGGCCCAACCCUGAUCCAAGUUUUAGUCCUUCACCGCCGGAUUCACCCCUGAGGUUGCCCAAAAAUCCCAAGAGUGAAGUAACUACCACGUUUUUGCCAAUCCUUGGGGCUAUUCUUGGUGGUUUUGCUCUGUUUUCUUUCCUACUGGGCCUUUUUAUUUUCCAGAGAAGAAGAAAAUUGAAGGAUUCGAUCUCUUUCACGUCAAAAUUCUCUACCACAAAAACCUACUCCUCACUACCAUCUGAUCUCUGCCGUCAAUUCUCAAUCGCCCAGAUUAAAGCUGCCACUCAAGACUUCGACGAUCAGUUUCUGAUCGGAAGCGGUGGAUUUGGGAACGUUUACAGAGGGAUUAUAGAUGGUGUGACCACCACUGUUGCAAUCAAACGGUUAAACUCUUCAUCAAGGCAAGGGGCCCAUGAGUUUCACACUGAAAUCACCAUGCUUUCGAAGCUUAGACACAUGCAUCUUGUUUCUCUGAUAGGAUAUUGUGAUGAUCAUGGCGAGAUGAUACUGGUGUACGACUAUAUGCCACGUGGCACACUUCGAGAUCAUCUAUACCAAACCAAGAAUCCUCCGUUAUCAUGGAAACAGCGGCUGGAGAUCUGCAUAGGGGCGGCGCGUGGGUUGCACUAUCUCCACAAGGAGGCGAAGCACUGCAUAAUCCACCGUGACGUGAAAUCAUCGAAUAUAUUAUUGGACGAGAAUUACGUGGCCAAGGUGUCAGAUUUUGGUUUGUCCAAACUGGGUCCCACAAGCACGUCGCAGACCCACGUCAGCACCGUGGUAAAGGGUAGUUUGGGGUAUGUAGAUCCGGAAUAUUAUCUCCGGCAACGUCUAACAGAAAAAUCUGACGUGUACUCUUUUGGUGUGGUCUUGUUUGAGGUGCUGUGUGGUAGGCCGCCAAUGAUCCAGGGCCUGUCAAAGGAGAAAGCGAACCUAGCCCAUUGGGCCAGCUCUUGUUACUUAAAAGGAUUGCUUGAUCAGAUUAUCGACCCUUGUCUCAAGGGCCAGAUUGCCCCGAUCGCCUUGCAAAAGUUUGGUGAGGUUGCGGAAAAAUGUGUUCGUAAUCAAGGAACGGAACGGCCUACGAUGGGCGAUAUUGUGUGGGCCUUGGAGUUCACGUUGCAGCUUCAAGAAGCAGUAGAUGGGAACACGAACAGCAGCAGUGCAACCCCCAACGAUGAUGAGCUCUUUAGUGGUUCAAGUGCGACUGCGGCAAAAUCUCAACAAUCAGUAAGUGAUACUACAUGUAGCAUUACUGUAGGUGAUUUGAGCUCCAAAACCAAGAUAUCAGAGAAAGAUACAAGCAGGCUGCUAUUUGGUGAUGACAAUUAAGGGAGAAAUUUAAUGUUAAAAUUGCUAUGCUCAAAUAUAGUAGAAGAGUUAUAUAUCAGAAAGUGAGAGUGAUAAGACUAUUGCUUGGUGACCGUGUGAUUGGAGAUGGCUGAAUAAGUGCAUUUGCCAUUGUGUGUGUACUUGGCAGGUGAACACCCAGCUAAAAGUCUUGGUCUUUCCCAUAAUUGUCUUCUUCUUCUUCCCUUUUUUUUUUCUUUUGCAUGUACCUUUUCCUAGAUCUUUCCAUGUUUGUUAUACCCUUAGUUAAACACAUUCAUUAAUACUCAUCGGUUCAAUCAUUAAAAUCUACAAUUUAAA